AUGAUACACAGGGAAGCAGGAAGAAAACUGACAAACACAGAAGAAGAGUUAUAUGAAGGACCUGUUUACUAUAUCUCGCACCACGAAGUUUUAAAACCUGGAUCCAAGUCAACACCUCUUCGCAUUGUCUUCAAUUCGUCAGCUUCAUUUAUUGGUCACGUUCUCAACAGUUACUGGAUGAAAGGACCGAAAGUACUCAAUGAUCUCAUUUCGGUACUUCUGAAGUUUCGUGAAAAUCAAAGUACACUUGUGGGAGAUAUAUCAAAAAUGUAUAACUCUGUACGCUUAUCAACAAAGGAUCAACAUACACACAGAUUCUUGUGGAGAAAUUACGAAACCAACAGACAGCCUGAUCAUUACACACUUACAAGUGUUCCCUUUGGAGACCGUCCAAGUGGUGCCAUUGCUAUGAUAGCAUUGAGAAAAACAGCUGCAUUGUUAGAGAAUGAAUAUCCCAGAGUCGCAGAUGUUAUCAAAAACAUAGCUAUUUGGAUGACAUUGUUACCUAAGAACCAAGAUAAAGUUGCAGAUGGAAUUAAAUUGUUGAAUACAGAGACAGAGAAGAUUUUAGGAUUGAUAUGGAGACCACAAGAUGAUGUUUUUACUUUCAAAGUCCAACUGGAUUUUACAGACAAGGGAAAGCAGAAAGGAAGUAUAUCCAGUAUAACAUCUUGUAAUGUGUCAGAAUUAUCAAAUUUGACUACACUCACUAAACGCAUGGAGUUGAAACAAGUAGCGGGAGUAUGUUACCCACUUGAACUAUGUGGUGCUGUGUUAUCUGCUCGACUGCGGGAGAAGAUUGUGAAUAGUUUGGGAUUUUCCUUUGAAAAAAUCAUUCAUCUUGUGGAUUCUGCCAUAGUAAGAGCACAGAUACAAAAGGAGAGCUAUGGAUUUGGAACAUUUGUUGCCAACAGAAUAGCAGAAAUCCAGUCAAAAACUUGUAAAUCAGACUGGUACUGGAUACCAUCAUAUCAGAAUCCAGCAGAUUUCACAACUAGAAUAACAUCACCAAGUGUUAUUGACAGCGAUUCGAUGUGGCAGAAGGGUCCAGAAUUUCUGUACCAACCUUUUGAAAAAUGGCCUGUGAAACAAGAAGUUGAAGUAAAGGAGAUUCCUGAUGUUCUUGUCCGACACACAGAAGUCAAAGUAACUGAAGAAAAAAGCAGAACUGUCAUGAAUGUGGCAAAACUUAUUGACCUCAAUAGAAUCUCAACGUUACAGAAGAUCCUUAAGCUCACAAGUCUUUUACAACUCAUCAGAAAGAAGCAUACAAUCCGGGGAAUUGUACAUUGUUUAUUAGCAGAGGAAUUAAGAGAUGCAGAAAAUAUUUGGAUUCUUCAUGUGCAAGAGGAUCUUCCUGAUGACGUAAUGUAUAGAUUUAAACGACUCAGACCACAUCUUACACCAGACGGAAUCAUAAGAGUGGGUCAAAGAAUGAAUAAAUGGACAGAAGAUAAUUGGAACAUGACAGCAUUUGCACUUAUUCCAUCAAGCCACCCAUUUGCUGAGUUCAUUGUGAAAGCAUUUUACGAGAGAGACCAUGCAGGACUUGACGUCACACUCGCUAAGAUACGAAGCAUGGCCGCGACUGACCUUAGUCGAUAA